AUGUCGACAUCGAUACACUUGUCGAGGUUCCGGAAAUGGCUCCUUGCUUCGCCGCCAAUCGAGUUUGCCAUUGGGCAACUUCGGGACCUCUUGGUUGGAGCAAUCCGACAGGGUCCAGUUCCACAACAUAUUGCUUUCGUCAUGGAUGGUAACCGGAGGUUUGCCCGAACGCACGGGAUUGAAACGGUGGAAGGACACAACAUGGGGUUUGAGGCUUUAGCAAGGAUUCUCGAAGUCUGUUAUAAGAGCGGCGUUAAAGUGGUUACAAUCUACGCCUUCAGCAUCGAAAACUUCAAACGCUCCAAAUUCGAAGUGGAUGCAUUGAUGGAGAUGGCCAGGGUAAAGUUGUCGCAGAUGGCUCAGCAUGGCGAGAUGCUCGAUCGCUACGGGGCCAAGGUGCGGAUAUUGGGUCGGCUGGACUUGCUCAGGCCGGAUGUUCUCGCUGCAGUGAACCGGGCCGUGGAAAUGACCAGUAACAACGGUGACUGCGUCCUGAACAUCUGUUUCCCGUAUACGUCGCGCGAUGAGAUCACCACGGCUGUCCGAGAUACCGUGGCCGAGUACAGCCAGCCCCUUCCGUCGACUCGUCCGUCGUCCAUUUCCUCAAGGACUCCCUUUUCCGAAUCCCACAUUACACAAAACAUUCGAGCACAGACGCAGGUUUCGAAAGGGGAAGAGGAACCGAGUGACUCGGAAGCGGCAUCAGAGUCAUCAGGAGACGGCGAAACGACGAAGCACAAGACACCGAACGGAGUCUAUGAAAACGGAUCUUCGUUUUCUUCCUCGUCGACUCUCCACCUCGCCGGGCAACAAGAUGCUGCCAAUGGGAAAGUACCAGCAGCAGAACCCGCCAUCGGGAAGGAGAGCCUCGUCUUUAUGUCCCCCGAGACGAUUACGCGCCAGACAUUGUCAGAGCAUUUAUUCACCCAUGACAAUCCUCCUCUAGAUCUGCUGGUCCGGACGUCUGGAGUUGAGCGCCUUAGUGACUUCAUGCUGUGGCAAUGCCACGAGGAUACGGAGAUUGUCUUCCUCGACGUCCUAUGGCCGGAAUUUGACCUUUGGCAGUUCCUGCCCGUGAUGCUGAGAUGGCAGCGUCGAAUCUCCAAGUCAAAGAAGAACCCGGAUGCGGAGGGCAACUUUGACGGCGAUACGUCUGACUCUGCGGAGGAAAGUAAUGGCAAGGUCAAAGACCUGUAG